AUGUGCAAACACCUGUUUCUACUGCUCACUUUCCGCGAUGCUGAGAAGCGAAGACCGUUCUACGAAGAGGAAACGAAGCGAAAGCAAGCAAGAAGAGAGGCAGAAAGAGCGUGGAAGAAGCGAGACACAAUGCCGUCAGCUCAAAAACUGGAGAAUGGAGAAGAUGGCGGAACAACAGAUGAGUUUGAGCCGUUAGAAGGCGGUCCCGAUCCUCUGGUCUGCGAUGUGCGCCACUAUGCACGAAGAGUGGGACUGGACUGCGAGAUCUUUGAAGUCCAGACAGAAGACGGUUUCAUCAUCGAACUCUGGCAUCUUUACAAUCCUCGUGACUACAAACGCACGAAUGACGGCCAGCGUUCCCCGCAUUCGCCAGAGCUUUUCCCUGAAGAUCGCACGGGUGUUGCUGGGUCGCAAUACGAAGAAGGCGAAAAGAAGUACCCAGUCCUUAUGAUACACGGCCUAUUGCAGUCCGCAGGCGCUUACUGCACGAACGAUGACGACAGUCUUGCUUUCUUCCUCGCCAAGUCUGGCUACGAUGUCUGGCUUGGAAACAACAGAUGCGGUUUCAAACCUCGCCAUACAACUUUGCAAUACGGAGACCCGCGCAUGUGGGCUUGGAACAUUCGUCAGAUGGGUGUCAUGGACUUGCCUGCCCUUAUCUCUCGCGUACUUUCGGAGACCGGAUUUGAAAAGCUGGGUCUCAUUGCGCACAGCCAGGGCACCACACAAACCCUUGUCGCUUUGGCAAAAGAACAGCGACCAGAGAUUGGCGAAAGGAUAUCUGUGUUCUGCGCUCUGGCACCUGCCGCCUACGCUGGUCCCUUGAUCGGAAAAGCCCAGUUCAAGUUCAUGCAAGUCAUCAGUCCAAACAUGUUCCGGACAGUUUUCGGCAUCCACGCCUUCAUUCCAUUCAUGAUGGUUAUGCAUGGUCUCCUUCCCGGAAAAUUCUACGGCUCCAUGGGUUAUCGUGUCUUCGCCUUUCUGUUCAACUGGACGGACGACCGCUGGGAACGUGAUCUGAGAAAUCGCAUGUUUCAAUUCUCUCCCGUCUAUAAAUGCAUCUUGGCCACACGAGACGAGAAGAUCAUGGAAGAUAAGGAAGACGAGGAGAUCGAGCAGACGAAAACUAAGACCGGAAGUCCGCCACAUGACUCCGACGAUGAGCAUCAGAAGGACAGGAGAGAAGCUGAGCGCUACGCGUGGUACGGUCCGCAAACUCCUCCUUUUGCAUUAUGGGUCUGUGGCUCCGACGACCUAGUAGAUGGUCGUCGUCUUUUACGCCGUUUCGAACACGGUCGAGAGCCACAUGUCGAUGUCGUACACUCCAAGGUCAUCGAGGGGUACGAGCAUCUUGAUGUCAUUUGGGCUAUGGACGCUAUUGAGAAGGUCGGCAAAGAGGUCAGAGAGGUGAUUUGGAAGACGGCGUCUGCAGAUGCCCGCAAGCUGUGCAGGACGCCAAAGGGAUGCGAGGACGUCCACGAGUUUUACAGCAAGAGUGGAGCUAGAGAGAGUGCGACGCGUGAAAUCGAUGCUUCGGCUGGUGAGUGGAGCAAGAAGGGCGAGGAGGCUGUGGCCGAUGGGCCUGGAGAGUAA